GAGCCGCGCGCGGAAUGGCGGGGCGGUUGUCAGGGGCGUCUCGCAAAAAAGCGGCGGAGGCCGCGGCCUCGGGUGAGGUGAAGUGAAAUGACGGGGAGGCCGCGCGCGGGGAGUCUGUCCGUGUGCGCAGGCAUUUAUUUUAAGAAAAAGAUCAUUUAAAGAAAAUUUAAAACAAUCUCUCUAUAUAUAGUAUAUUUAGAAAAAAAUAACAUUUCCUGGUCAGCCCGGAGCCCCGUUCCCCUCCCGCCCCCCGGACAGGCCCUGGACCGCGGGCUGUCAGUGUCAGCGAAGGCGGGUGAGUCUGUGUGAAAGAAAGUCAUCAUCAUCUUUGCAUUUGAUCCGGAGCCGCGUCGCGCCCUCAGGUCCAGAUGUCUCCAAAGUGCUUCACAGGACAUACCGUCAACUGUUUUGUGGGUGAAGCGCACCCGCCAAUUCCGCACAGCCGCGUCCCCACGAACUGUGCGAUCUUUGAUACCGUGAUCUGUAAAGGAGGAAGGAGGCAGUAAGGAGACAUUUAAAUUUGGACAAUUUCAUUUGUAAUGGAAUGGAGGGCGAUAUGAGAUUCCAGAAUAGACAAACAUACAAGGACGAACGGGAAGAGCUGCAGGACGGCACAUCACCCGAGCCAUCCUGCCAGCUCUCUGCUACUGAAUUUUCCUGCCACUGUUGCUAUGAUAUUUUAGUGAAUCCAACUACUUUGAACUGUGGGCACAGCUUUUGCCGACAUUGCUUGGCGCUGUGGUGGGAUGCAUCCAGGAAAACUGAAUGCCCAGAAUGCAGAGAAAAAUGGGAGGGAUUUCCUAAAGUCAACAUUGUAUUAAGGGAUGCUGUUGAGAAGCUAUUCCCUGACGAUGUCAAACGGCGACAGGAGGAAACACAGAACAAUUUAAAAAUUUCAAAUAGCCUUUCAGCUUUCCAGAAAUAUGGUAAUGAACAAUCAGCAAGACCUUUAAACCACACUGGGGAAUGGCGCCGAGGAGGUGGCUUUUUCUCAGGAGUAUUAACUGCUUUGACCUGUGUGGCGGUGAUGUUCCUCGUGUAUCACUGGAGCAGAGAGUCCGAGCAAGAUCUUCUUGUCCACAAACCUGUGACAAAGUGGACAGCAAAUGAGGUGACUCUCUGGCUGGAGCAGUUAGGCCAAUGGGCCUCUGUUUACAAAGAGAGGUUCUUAGAGGAAGAAGUCAAUGGAAGGCUAUUAUUGACUCUUGGAGAAGAAGAGUUUUCUAAACCUCCCUUCAACAUUGAGAAUGAACUUCAUAGGAAGGCCAUUCAUAUGGCAUUAGAUAGCGUAAAAGCACUUGGGGUCAAACCCCCUCAGAAUCUCUGGGAAUACAAGGCAAUGCAUGCUGGCAAGUCACUGUUCCUCCUAUAUGCACUAAAAAGCUCUCCACGGCUGACCAUGCUGUACCUAUACCUGUUCGAUUACUCAGAGAUAUUUCUGCCACUCAUCCAUACUGUUUCUCCAGAAAAAUCUGAGAUGAAUGAGGAAUCGGAUAUUUUUCGAAAGUACUGGUCUGAUGACAUCAGCGUGAAGCAAUGGACUGAAUUCCUUGUCAAGUACACCCUGAUACCGUAUCAAUUGAUCGCUGAGUUUGCCUGGGAUUGGUUGGAUGUGCACUACUGGACCUCCCGGUUUAUAAUUGUCAAUGCCAUGCUUCUGUCAGUGUUGGAAUUCUUUGCAUUUUGGAGACUGUGGUCAAGAGGAGGACUCAGGACUAUUCCUCAGCGAAUGUGGAGUCAUUUCUGGAAGGUAUCAAGCCAAGGAAUUCUUGUUGCUAUUUUCUGGCCGAUAAUUCCUCAGUUCAUCUGUGACUGUUUGUUUUACUGGGCUUUGUACUUCAAUCCAAUAAUAAACAUUGACCUGGUGGUCAAAGAGGUACGGCGUUUGGAAACUCAUGUACCAUGAAAAUCUCUGUGACUCAAACCGAGGAGCCGCACUAUCUCCCCAAAAAGCUUAUGACAAAGGAACAGUUAACAGUGUACAUAUUCUUAAAUGCACUGUUUUACUGCUAAUAGUUUGAAAUGUCUGUACAAUUGGCAGAGUUUAAGAACUGGAAUAUUACACUUGUAUAAAGAAAAUGGACUUGAUUUUUACUGCUGGGUGUAAUGGAGAACGUGCCUGGACUGAACACUGUUCCAUGCUAAUGAGUGCAAUUAACAUCUUUGUGGUUUUUAGUCAAACGGUUGCCUGCAGGUUUUACUUUUAAAUUUCUCCUUUGAUUAAGUUUCUCUCACAUACAUGAUACAGGAAUAGCACUUUUAUUUUAAACGGGGUGCGGAUUGUCUUGAUUUGAUUGAUUCAGUUAUAUUGUGAUCUGCAAACCACUUGUGCCAAGCCCCUCUUGCAUUCUGUUAUCUUGUUUAUCAAGGGCUACAUCAUGUGUCAUGUAAACUGGUGAAAGGACUGAAACCUGCAUAUAUAAUACCUCUCUUCAUAGAAGCAUAGUUUAUUUUACAGUUGAUUUGAGUUUUUAAAAAUUCAAUAUAAGAUCUGCUCUGGCGAUUUUUGUAAUCAGUUUGAUGAAUAAACUCUAUUUUUGCAUCUCUUGACAUGGUGAAUUGCACUGGGAGAAGAUUUUAAGCUGUGCAGUUGUUUAAAUUGUGAAUGGUGAUCUGCAGUCUUGUUUCUUUGCUUUGAUAAAGUUGUGAGCUUGUGAAAAUUGAUUAAAUUUUUUUUUAGUGA